UGAUUCAGUAAUUCGGCUUGCGAUUAAAUAGGGACCCGUUUUAAAUUUAUCUUUCAAUUGUGUUAUAAAUAUAAUUUUUUAAAAUAACCCUUAGAUGUCAAAAGAUGCUGCGAUCAAAGAAUCAGAUCAGUUAACAGAAGAAAAUUAUUAUUUGCAACGUAGACAGAAGAUACAAGAAAUGAAAGAGGAAAAUAUCAAUGUUUAUCCUCAUAAGUUUUUUAUGACUCAUUCUACUAAGAAAAUUGUUGAAAAAUAUAAGGUGGCUCAAAAAAGUGUGCAAACUGAGGAUAAAGUCUCUGUUGCUGGUAGGAUUAUGUCAAUAAGAGAUCUCGGUUCUAUUAUUUUUAUGAAUCUUCUUUAUGAUGGUGUGACUUUGCAAAUUGUUUGUUCUUCGACUUGUCAAGAAAAAAAAGAAGGAUUUUCUAAUAUAAAACGUGGUGAUAUUGUUGGUUUAACAGGUGUUGUUGGUUGGACAAAGACUGGACAGCUCAGUGUUUUUACUGAAGAUAUUACGGUUCUUUCACCAUGUGUUCGAACAUUACCAAGUGAAUAUUACGGUUUAAAGGCAUCAGAAACAAUUUAUAGAAAAAGAUAUUUAGAUUUGGUGAUGAACUCUGAAUCUAGACAGAGAUUUCUUACUAAAAGUAAAAUUUAUAACUAUUUAAGAAAUUAUUUGAAUGAGAGAGAUUUUAUAGAGGUGGAAACACCGAUGAUGAAUCAGAUUGCCGGCGGUGCAGCUGCAAAUCCUUUUGUGACAUAUCAUAAUGAUUUAAAGAUGAAUCUUUACAUGCGUGUCAGUCCAGAAUUGUAUUUGAAGGAGCUUAUUGUUGGUGGAAUGGAACGAGUGUAUGAAAUCGGCCGACAAUUCAGAAAUGAGGGUAUCGAUCUUACACAUAAUCCAGAAUUCACAUCAUGUGAGUUUUAUAUGGCAUAUGCUGAUUAUAACGAUCUUAUGGAUAUGACUGAAGAAUUUUUGCGUGGAUUGGUAAAGAGUUUGUUUGAUGGAAAUACUCAGGUGCUAUACCAUCCAGAAAAGAGAGAAAACAGACCUGAUCCUGUUACAAUCGAUUUUGGUCCUUCUUUUAGACGAAUUGACAUGCACUUUGAGGCACUUUCAAAGGCCACUGGCAUUGAAUUGACAGGUGAAAAUGUUGAAUCUAAGCAUCAAGAAUUGUGUGAAUAUCUUGAUAAAAAUUCUUUUGUCUGUGAGGAACCACGAACACUUGCAAGAGUUCUUGACAAACUUGUAGGUGAAUACAUAGAACCAGAUUGCAUCAAUCCUACAUUUAUAAUCAACCAACCUGUUAUAAUGUCUCCUUUAUCAAAGGUGCACCGAUCUAAACCAGGUUUGACUGAAAGAUUUGAGUUAUUUGUAAAUGGAAAGGAAAUCGUAAAUGCCUAUACGGAAUUGAACGAUCCUGCAGAGCAACGCCUAAGAUUUUUAGAACAACUUAAGGACAUAGAGGCUGGUGACACAGAGGCAAUGGAAAUGGAUGAAGAUUUUUGUGUCGCACUCGAAUACGGUCUGCCACCUACCGGAGGAUGGGGAAUCGGUCUUGAUAGAUUAACAAUGUACCUUACAAAUGCUGCUAACAUUAAGGAUGUGCUAUUCUUCCCAGCGAUGAAACCUGAGAAUUAAAGCAGUUUUGUUUUUUUCAAAAAUUUUCUUUUUUUCAGAUUUUCGUAUUUUUUAAGUUCAAUUUGACUCGAAAAAAAAUCACAAAUUGCAAAUUAUUUUGAACCCUUAGAAAUGGUGAAAAAGGACCAGAAGGUAUUUUUCCAAUCAGAUAUUACAGUUGAAGAGGAAUACGAUCUUAUAUUUGGCAAUUCUAUAAAAGAUGAGCAAAAAGAAGUUCCUACACUCCUUUUUGGCAACAAAUUGCUUCCUACAUCUGAUAAUCUAACCGCAACAGAUUUUUUAUGUAAAUUGUCCACAAAAUAAUCUUGCCGAGUCAAUUUUGACAGCUUUGAUGACAAAUUCCUUAUUUUUCACAAUGAUUGAAGAUGUCGAGGAUAAAAUCAAUCAUACACGUGUUUAUACACCGUUCUUGUGCAAACUUGUUCAUUUCAAAAAAUGUCUACAAUCUUUUUGUCAUAAUACGGCAGAGGGCUCAGAAAAAGAA